GUCCCCCCCUCCCUGACCCGUCGCCCCGGUGACCUCGGCCGCGCACCUGUGGCCGCAUCCCGGCGGGCUCUAGGAUGAUGUGCGAAGUGAUGCCCACUAUCAGUGAAGCAGAAGGCCCCCCAGGAGGAAGUGGAAGCCAUGGACCUGGCUCCCCCUCACAGCCAGAUGCAGAUUCCCAUUUUGAACAGCUCAUGGUCUCCAUGCUAGAAGAAAGGGACCGUCUUCUUGACACACUGAGAGAGACUCAAGAAACAUUGGCAUUAACCCAGGGGAAAUUACACGAGGUUGGUCAUGAAAGAGACUCCUUGCAGAGACAGCUCAAUUCUGCACUUCCACAGGAGUUUGCAGCACUCACUAAAGAACUCAACGUAUGCAGGGAACAGCUGCUUGAGAGGGAAGAAGAAAUUGCUGAACUGAAAGCAGAAAGGAACAACACAAGGCUGCUCCUGGAACAUUUGGAAUGCCUUGUCUCCAGGCAUGAGCGCUCCCUCAGGAUGACUGUGGUGAAGCGGCAAGCACAGUCUCCUGCAGGCGUAUCCAGUGAGGUGGAGGUGCUUAAAGCACUGAAGUCCUUGUUUGAACACCACAAGGCUCUGGAUGAAAAGGUGCGAGAGCGAUUACGAGUAGCACUGGAAAGGUGCAGUUUGUUAGAAGAAGAAUUAGGUGCCACACACAAGGAGCUAAUGAUUCUUAAAGAGCAGAAUAAUCAGAAAAAAACACUAACAGAUGGAGCACUUGACUUAAACCAUGAACAAGAAAAUACACCAAGCACUAAUGGAAAGAGAUCUUCUGAUGGCUCUUUAAGCCACGAGGAAGACCUUGCUAAAGUAAUUGAGCUCCAAGAAGUCAUAGACAAGCAGUCAAGAGAGCAGAGCCAGAUGAAGGAACGUCUGGCUGCCCUCUCUAGCCACGUGUCGGAGUUGGAAGAGGAUCUUGACACAGCUAGAAAGGAUCUCAUCAAGUCUGAAGAAAUGAACACAAAAUUGCAAAGAGAAGUUCGAGAAGCAAUGGCCCAGAAAGAAGACAUGGAGGAGAGAAUCACUACCCUUGAAAAACGCUACCUCGCUGCACAGCGUGAAGCCACAUCUGUGCAUGACCUCAAUGAUAAACUUGAAAAUGAAAUUGCAAAUAAAGAUUCUAUACAUCGACAGACAGAGGAUAAAAACCGCCAGUUACAGGAGCGCCUGGAGCUGGCUGAGCAGAAGCUUCAGCAGACCUUGAGGAAGGCAGAGACACUGCCAGAGGUGGAGGCAGAACUGGCCCAGAGAGUGGCAGCGCUCUCCAAGUCUGACCCUUUGCCUACUGGGAGCUCUGCUGUUAAGGAAGCUAAACUGUUCGAACUUACUUCCAAACUUAGGAAGGCUGAAGAAAGACAUGGCAACAUUGAAGAGAGGCUACGGCAGAUGGAGGCCCAGCUGGAGGAGAAGAACCAAGAGUUGCAGCGGGCAAGGCAAAGAGAAAAGAUGAAUGAAGAACAUAAUAAACGUUUAUCAGACACUGUUGACAAGCUACUUUCAGAGUCCAAUGAGAGGCUUCAGCUCCAUUUAAAGGAGAGAAUGGCUUCGCUGGAGGAUAAGAAUUCUCUAUUAAGGGAAGUUGAAAAUGCGAAAAAGCAGUUAGAAGAAACACAACAUGAUAAGGAGCAGCUUGUCCUGAACAUCGAAGCUCUGAGGGCAGAGCUGGACCAGAUGAGGCUGAGAGGGGCUUCACUCCACCUUGGCCGUCCCCACUUGGGCAGUGUCCCAGAUUUCAGGCUCCCCAUGGCAGACGGGCACACAGAUGCCUACAGCACCAGUGCAGUGUUGCGGCGCCCCCAGAAAGGCCGGCUGGCAGCGCUGCGGGAUGAGCCUUCCAAGGUACAGACUCUCAAUGAACAGGAUUGGGAACGUGCCCAGCAAGCCAGUGUUUUGGCAAAUGUUGCACAGGCAUUUGAGAGUGAUGUUGAUGUGUCUGAUGGUGAAGAUGACAGGGACACUCUGCUCAGCUCAGUUGAUCUCUUGUCACCCAGCGGGCAGGCUGAUGCACAGACGCUGGCCAUGAUGCUUCAGGAGCAGCUGGAUGCCAUCAACAAAGAGAUCAGGCUUAUACAAGAAGAAAAGGAAAACACAGAGCAGCGGGCAGAGGAGAUUGAGAGUAGAGUUGGCAGUGGAAGUUUAGACAAUCUUGGUCGUUUUAGAUCAAUGAGCUCUAUUCCCCCCUAUCCUGCUUCCUCGCUUGCUGGCUCCUCUCCUCCAGGCAGCGGUCGCUCCACCCCUAGAAGGGUUCCUCACAGCCCGGCCCGGGAGGUGGACAGGCUGGGCGUCAUGACUCUGCCUAGCGACUUAAGGAAACAUCGUAGAAAGUUGCCAGCUUCCAGAGAAGAGGUACGAGAUGACAAGACAACGAUAAAAUGUGAAACUUCCCCUCCCUCCUCUCCAAGGUCCCUUCGAUUAGACAGGCUGCACAAAGGGGCAUUGCAUACUGUCAGCCAUGAGGACAUCAGGGACAUGAGAAACUCAACAGGCUCCCAGGAUGGUCCUGUGAGCAAUCCCAGCAGCAGUAACAGCAGCCAGGACUCGCUUCACAAAGCCCCAAAGAAGAAGGGCAUUAAGUCCUCUAUUGGCCGUUUGUUUGGCAAGAAGGAAAAGGGCCGGCCUGGACAAACUGGCAAAGAAUCACCAGGACAAGUUGGUGUUUCAGAGACAGAAAACUCAUCUCAAGAUGCGUUGGGACUUAGCAAAUUGGGAGGACAGGCUGAAAAAAAUCGUAAACUUCAAAAAAAACAUGAGUUGCUGGAGGAAGCCCGGAGGCAAGGUUUACCAUUUGCUCAGUGGGAUGGACCAACGGUGGUUGUAUGGCUGGAGCUCUGGGUUGGGAUGCCUGCCUGGUACGUGGCUGCCUGCAGAGCAAAUGUGAAAAGUGGGGCCAUCAUGUCAGCCCUGUCAGACACAGAGAUCCAGCGGGAGAUUGGCAUCAGCAACCCCCUGCACAGGCUGAAGCUGCGGCUGGCCAUCCAGGAGAUCAUGUCUCUAACCAGCCCAUCUGCCCCGCCCACAUCGAGAACGACCACAGGAAAUGUCUGGUUAACACAUGAAGAGAUGGAAACACUCGCAGCCACGCCGCAAACGGAAGAUGAGGAGGGAAGCUGGGCUCAGACACUUGCAUAUGGGGACAUGAACCAUGAGUGGAUCGGCAAUGAGUGGCUUCCCAGCCUGGGCCUCCCUCAGUACCGCAGCUACUUCAUGGAGUGCCUUGUGGAUGCCCGGAUGCUGGACCACCUGACCAAGAAAGACCUUCGGGGGCAGCUGAAAAUGGUUGACAGUUUUCACAGAAACAGUUUCCAAUGUGGAAUUAUGUGCCUGAGAAGGUUAAAUUAUGAUCGAAAAGAACUGGAAAGGAAAAGAGAAGAAAGUCAGAAUGACAUAAAAGAUGUGCUUGUCUGGAGCAAUGACCGAGUGAUUCGCUGGAUCUUAUCCAUUGGCCUUAAAGAAUAUGCAAACAAUCUCAUAGAGAGUGGUGUUCACGGUGCACUUCUAGCCUUAGAUGAAACCUUCGAUUUCAACUCACUGGCACUGCUGUUACAGAUCCCAACACAAAAUACACAGGCUCGAGCUGUCUUGGAAAGAGAGUUUAACAACCUUUUGGUCAUGGCGACUGACAGAAGGUUUGAUGAAGAUGAUGACAAAAGCUUUAGGAGAGCACCUUCGUGGAGAAAGAAGUUUAGACCAAAGGACAUUCGUGGCCUGGCAGCUGGGUCAGCAGAGACACUCCCUGCAAACUUCCGAGUCACUUCUUCCAUGUCUUCCCCCUCUAUGCAGCCAAAGAAGAUGCAGAUGGAUGGCAAUGUAUCAGGAACACAGAGGUUGGAUUCUGCUACAGUCAGGACUUACUCCUGCUAAAGCCUCCUGUUGUUUACCCACACUACUUCUACAGAUGAUUAUGCAGCAUUUUGAAUCCAACAGAAACUACAUUUUCGAAUUCAGUGGAAUCUCUAAUCUGUUAAUACUUGUUAUAUGGACCCUAAGAUAUUUUAUUACAGAGUUUUUAAUUAGUGAAAAGUUCAUGAAUACCAUAGAGAAAAUAUUUUAGAAUUUAAUGUUUCUUAUAUUUAUGUAAACUUAUGACGCUUCAUUUAUAUACUUACUUUUUCAUGUAUAUCCAGGCUAUAAAUAU